ACCGCCCGCCGGGAAGGAAGAGAGGCGGCCGGGCCGAGCUUCACCCUGCCCGGCUGCCGCGGCAUGAGCGGGCCGGGGACCGGCAGCGGGGAGCGGCCCCGCGGGAGCUGCCUGCGGACCUACCCGGCGCUGCCGGUGUGGGUGGUGGAGGAUCACCAGGACGUGCUGCCUUUCAUCUAUCGUGCCAUUGGUUCAAAGCAUCUUCCUGCCAGUAACAUCAGCUUUGUUCAUCUUGAUUCCCAUCCAGACCUUCUUAUCCCUGUGAAUAUGCCUGCAGACACUGUUUUUGACAAAGAAGCUCUUUUUAGUGAAUUAAGUAUUGAGAACUGGAUUAUGCCUGCUGUUUAUGCUGGUCAUAUUUCUCAAGUUGUAUGGCUUCACCCACCCUGGGCUCAACAGAUCUCCGAAGGAAAACAUGAUUUUUUAAUUGGAAAAGACAUAUCAACAACUACAAUUAGGGUUACAGGUACAGAUCAUUACUUUUUAAGUGAUGGUCUUUAUGUCCCCGCUGAUCAGCUAGAAAACCAGAAGCCUUUAAAUUUACACGUCAUCCUCAUCAAUCCUACUGAAGCGUCAAACAGCCAGGAAGAAAACGGCGAAGUAACAUCUGCUAAGAGACUGAAGCUACAUACAGAUGAUACAGCAAGCACCACUUCUGCCUCUUCAUCAGUGGCUCCUGGUGACCUUGAGCACAGCACCCCAAGUCUGAAGAAAAAGGGAGUACAAAAUGCAAGUGCUCCGAACAAGGCAGAAACAUUGACAGAGUGCUCAGCUUCAAGCUCUCUCAGUGAAUGCCCGAUAAGGGAAGUUGUUAAAGAUGUCUGCCAAGUACUUCAGAAAGGGGAUGCAUAUGUUUUAGACAUUGACUUAGAUUUUUUUUCAGUUAAAAAUCCGUUCAAAGAAAUGUACACACAGACAGAGUAUGAGCUUUUGCAAGAGUUGUACAAUUUCAAGAAGCCUCAUAGAAAUGCAACAGAGGAGGGCUUGCUGGAUUGUGUUGAAAACCGUGUUCAUCAGCUAGAAGAUCUGGAAGCAGCAUUUGCAGAUUUGUGUGACAAUGAUGACGAAGAGACCCUGCAGAAGUGGGCUGCGUAUCCUGGAAUGAAGCCACUUGUUCAACUAGUUCACAGUUUGAAAACCAGGAUGGAAAGCCCAGACUAUGAAAUGGUGCAUCAGGCAGGUCUGACCUGUGACUAUAUGGAGCUUCCCCACCACGUUAGCACUGAAGAGGAGAUCGAAGGCCUCAUACAAUCCAUUAAAGUGCUACUAAAAGAUAUGCCGAAGCCCACGCUUGUGACAGUUGCUCGAUCAAGUUUGGAUGACUAUUGCCCUUCAGAGCAGGUUGACAUCAUUCAAGAAAAGGUUCUCAAUUUACUAGGUUCAGUGUAUGGCACUCUGGACGUGCACUUAGAUUAUUCAAGCACCGCAUCUUCUUUGUGACCUUUCUUCAUGUAUUGCCCUCUGAUGCAGUGGAUUAAUUUAAAUUGCAUAUUGGCUGUGCUUACAAGAGGAAAAAUACUGUUAUUUCAGCAGGUGGCACUAGAACCCAAGCUGAGCAAGAGCUGGUUUGGAGUUGUGUUUCUUUCUCCAAGUCUACUGCAUCUGAACUGUUUGAACUAUUUGCAUCUGAACCUGUUUGGCUUUGUUCAUAUUAGUUCUGUGAUUAUUAUUUUUACUCUCUUGCUUCUUAAAAUUGAUGCAAGAGAAACUAUUUUUUGUCCAUAAAAUUAUUUUUUCACUUUAAGUGUCUGUAAAAAAAAAAUAUUGUAUAUAUAACUUCUUAAAAUAAACUGAUUUCUUUUAUGUAAUUAAACUUUUUUUGAUGGAGUUUGGUGAGUAACAGACAUGUACCGGAGCGCAUUGUACCUUUUAAAAAAUUAUCCCAAUAAUGCCAUUAAGAUAUUAGGUAUGCAUAGUGAUCUUUCUUAACUGCUGUGCUCAGAUGACCAGGUAUCUCUCUUAUCAUUUCUCUAGAGCAGUUUAUGGCUUCUGCUCCAUCCACAGAAUAUAAUUUAUAUUUAUAAUCUAUUGCAUUAAUAUUGUGUUAUUUUGCCUUAGAGUAUUUCAUUGGUGACUCAGAUAAUACCUCUAAUGUAAAACACUGGCUUGAUAUUUUGAUUUUUACAUAUUUUUGAGGAUAAAAAGUAUGCUUGCAUGUGCAUGCUUUUAUCUGUUGAAUCCUGUAAGGAGUUGAAUUGAUGUUUUCUUCAGAAAGAAAGAUUUAACUUCACUGAAGUCAGCAGCAAAACCUUCUGUACCAGGUUUUCACUCAUUUCAAUAUUGCUAUUCAGAAAAUAACAGGUUUAGAACCAUUUAAUUUAGAAAGCAAUUUGGUUCUAGAGAAAACUGCUACUUCCAGAGGGGAAAAAAAUAAAACCACCCAGGCUGUUUUCAUUAGUCUGUAAUACGUCCCCUCCUUCACCCCGUGUCAGGGCCCUGGGGCAAUGGCAGCCCUCGCUGACCUGGCUUCGUUCCAUGUGUUUGCCCAGUGAUCCCUGGGCUGCUGAUGGGACCUGCCGCUGUCACCAUCUGUCCCUGCUCUCCAGCCUGGGUGCCGUGGGGUCUGGCCAUCAGGCUGCACAGUCUCAGUUCAUUAAAUUGGCUGCACGAGCUGAGUGGGAAGAGUGAGCCCUUAGGCCCCACUGGGGCUUAGGGCAGUCCCUCUAUUCUCAGGUGGCUUCGCGAGAGCCUCAGUUGGCCAGGCAGAACUGUGCUAUCCCAUCCAGAGCACUUCUUUCUCUGGGGCUAAUGUAACUCUCCACAGCACAGGAGUAGACCCAACGGGCUCUUUUUUAUUCACUACAACCUUAUUCAAAGCCCAGCAAAGAGCAUCUCUUUCUUUAAAAAAAAAAAAAAAAUCUUUACACAACCAGUACGUGAUCUGACUCCAGUUCGUUUCUGUAUGCAAUAUAUGGCUGUUUAUAAUUUAUGAAGUAUUAAGGAACUUGGAUGCAAGGCUAAUCACGUCUGUGUGACAGAAGACAAAAGCAAAAAGAAAAGAGGUCCAUGGUCAUGGCAUUUAUUCUACUGGAAGAAAUAUUUUAAAAUAAUUACAUUAUUGCAAUCUAUAAUAUAGUCAUUUAUAUCAACAGCAGAAGUAGUGAAAAGCUGUAAAAGUGCACAAAGUCUCUGUAGAGCAAAUACUAAUGUUAAUGAAUGAGCUUAACUAUUUCAGAAGAAAUUACAAGCAAAAUUUAUUUGUAAUAAAAGACACUAUUCUAGGUGAUAUUUUUCUUUUUCCCAUUUCAGUUUCAUUCCCAAAUGACCAAUUGACUGACAGGUCAAUCUCAAAGAGUUACAGUAAAUGGGGUUAUGUCAGGCUGGGGGCCAGUCACCAGUGGGGUUCCGCAGGGCUCAGUGCUCUUUAAUGUUUUUAUAAAUGACCUGCACACAGGAAUCAAAUGUACAUUGAGUAAGAUUGCUGAUGAUACUAAGUUAGGAGGAGCUGUGGACUCCCUCAAGGGUAGAGAGACCUUACAGAGAGGUCUGGAUAGACUAGAGAGCUGGGAAAUCACAAACCGUAUGAAAUCUAACAAGAGCAAGUGCAGGAUUCUCCACCUGGGACAGGAUAGUCCUGGUUAUAUGUAAAAAACUGGGGAAUGAAAGGCUGGAGAGCAGCCCUGUGGAAAGAGAUCUGGGGGUCUGGGUUGAUGGCAAGUUGAAUGAGUCAACAGUGUGCCCUGGCAGCCAACCGUGUCCUGGGGUGCAUCAAGCACAGCAUAUCUAGUUGGUUGAGGGAGGUGGUUGUCCCAUUUUAUAUUGCAAUAAUGCAGCCCCACCUUGAGCACUGUGUGCAGUUUUGGGCGCCUCAAUGUAAGAAGGACAUCGGACUAUGACAGUAUGGCCAGAGGAAGGCAACCAACAUGGUGAAACGCCUCAAGGACAAGACUCACAAGGAGCAGCUGGGGUCACGGGUUGUUCAGCCUGGAGAAGGCUGAAGGGUGACCUCAUUGCAGUCUGCAACUUCGUCAAGGGGCGCAGCAGAGGGGGAGAUGCUGAUCUCCUGUCUCUGGUCACCAGAGAUAAGAUACAAGGAAAUGUCAGGGGAAGUUCAGAUUGGACAUUAGAAGAAGGUUCUUCACUGACAGGGUGGUAGGUCACUGGAAGGGGCUCCCCAUGGAAGUGGUCAUGGCACCAAUUCUGUCAGAGUUCAAGGAGCAUUUGGACGAUGCUCUUAGUCAAAUUGUUUCGUUUUCGGUAGUUCUGUGAGGAGCAGGGAGUUGGACUCAAUGAUCCUUAUGGGUCCCUUCCAGCUUGAGGUAUUCCAUGGCUCUAUGACUCUUAUGUGUCUGUGAAGCAUGCAAAACCUUCUUUCCUAAUGUUUCCCCAGUUUCUAACCCCACCACAGCACAAGUAGCAAGACCAGGAUGAGAUAUCUGUGGCACCCAUCUCCCCACGAUGUGUCCUCAACUGCUGGGUAGAGAGAGAAAUGAGUUUAGUCUCUGAAGGUGGUUCCUGUUCUCUAUAUAGAAAGAUGAACCAUUUGGGAGUCAGGAAUAAAUCACUGUGUAAUAGCAAGUUGAGUAUCAAGAACGUUUCCCUCUUUGGAGCAAUUUUACCAACUACUGGCACUUUUGGCUUGCUUUUCUUUCACAGCCUAAAGGGACACACAUUACUAAAAACACUUAAAACGAGAAGAAAUCUAUAGUCAAGGUCUGGAAGGAGAUCAAGAAAGGGCAAAGCAAGUGUCUUUGAAUUACUCUGUUGUAGAAUUUUUAGAUAACGUAGAAAUUUGAGACAUUCGUAAUAGCUUCCUAAGAGUUAAAAAAGCUUUCAAAAUGAAGCUAUUAGAUAUUAAAAUUUCUUCCUAAUGGAAAAAACCCUUUAAUUUCAAUCUUUAGCUGAUCCUAGUCUAAUGAAGGGCACUGGACCAGGCUGGUCCUCCUCCUCAGAUCUGAUGGGGGAACCUGUGAGGACAAGAAGGGUUCUUCAGCAGCUGGUACCUCCUGUGAUAGUAUUAGAGUCCAGGCAGAGCACUUCUAGGGCAUUUCUAAGCAUAUUGUGCAGUUUGUAACCCUCCCAUCUGCUGUCUUCAGGUCAGAAGCAUGAAGGAAGGCCAAGAAGACAAAAUUAACAGUGUUUGUACUCGCCUUUCUUGUCUGAGACUGGAUGGUAAAUGAAUUUGGCUGUACCAAAAAAUUCUACUUGAAAUUUCUGCCAUUUAUGUCCUUCCUCCUACAUAGCCACUAGGAAGAUGAAAGUUCAUUGCUGACAUGUUAUAAAAAAAUUUACAGCCAGACUUGCCUUUUCAGAGAUCAAAUAUUUUCCUUGCUGGGGAAACAGCUUCCUGCUUGAAUGGAGUACAUUCAUUUCUCUCUGCAGUCAGCACUGCGCUAAUUUCUACUCUCAGAAGCACCCGUCAGUAGGACAAGAUAACUCUUAUACCCAUGAAAAUUACAUUUCUCUAAUAAGGGAUGAGUGCAAGGUCUCUGAGCAGCCUGAAAUUCAUAUUAGAAAAUGGUGUACAGACGAAUUAAUUUUGAAGAUGCUGUGGUAAAUUAAUAGGCAGGCUGUUGACCUGGAGAGAAAGGAUUAGUUCUUCAUUUUUUCCCAAAGAGGAGAGAGGGAAGGGAAACUCAGAGCUCAUGUCCAGCCUGGAAGCAGGCAUCCAGGAAGGCAACCACCCAGAAAGAGGACAGAACCGGUGAGAAGCGGGUGCUGCUGAGCAUCUUCCUGCCUGUGCUUCUGGCUGAAAAGACUUACUGUGAUUCAUCUGGAAUGGGCUGAAUUUAUGAACCAGCGUACUCUCCUCCGGCAGACGCUCUAACCCAAAAUUAAAGCCUAGAUGAAGCUCCACUUCAGAUUCAUAGUUGCCUGUGUUAGUGCGUCUGUUUAUACCACAGUUUCCCACAAAUAUAAUUUAAUGUUUCCUUCACUUCUCGUGUGGCUAUUUGUCUUUAUUGUGGACUGCAACCAGCCACCUUCAGGUGGGGUUGAUUUUUGCUGAUACGAUUGUGCAAUAACCAGCUCACAGGGCUUUGGAGGAAAGAUGGGAAAGCAAACAAAAGCCUUCCCAAGAACCUCUCUGACCACAGCAUUGAUGAAAAAGUGCCUG